CAGCGCCUGAGGAGGCCAGGCAGACAAGGAGCAGAUCCUGCAGUGCUGCUCUCCGAUUGGCUGGACAGUCGUGGCUGGGCUAUAAAAGAGACCCCUACAGGCUUGGGAGGGAGAAGCUCAGAGGAUUCUGACAGCAUCCUUGCAGAGAAGAGGUAGUGUGCUCAAAAUAGAAACCACAGCUCCUCCUGCUGCAUUUCUUUCCUACCUGAGAAUUCCACACUGUUAAACAAGAUGUGCAAAGGACUUGCAGGUCUGCCGGCUUCCUGCCUGAGGAGUGCAAAGGACAUGAAACAUCGGCUGGGUUUCCUGUUGCAGAAGUCUGAUUCCUGUGAACAUAAUUCUUCCCACAGCAAGAAGGACAAGGUGGUUGUUUGCCAGAGGGUGAGCCAAGAGGAAGUCAAGAAAUGGGCUGAAUCACUGGAAAACCUGAUUAGCCAUGAAUGUGGGCUGGCAGCGUUCAAAGCUUUCUUGAAGUCUGAAUACAGUGAGGAGAAUAUUGACUUCUGGAUCAGUUGUGAAGAAUACAAGAAAAUCAAGUCACCCUCUAAACUAAGUCCCAAGGCCAAGAAGAUCUACAAUGAAUUCAUCUCAGUUCAAGCAACCAAAGAGGUGAACCUGGAUUCUUGCACCAGAGAGGAGACAAGCCGGAAUAUGCUACAGCCAACAAUAACCUGCUUUGAUGAGGCCCAGAAGAAGAUAUUCAACCUGAUGGAAAAGGAUUCAUACCGCCGCUUCCUCAAGUCCCGAUUCUAUCUGGAUUUGGCCAAUCCUUCCAGUUGUGGGGCAGAGAAGCAGAAAGGAGCCAAGAGUUCUGCAAACUGUACUUCCCUGCUCCCCCAGUAUGCUUAAUUCUCACUUGGAGACAGAGGGCUGAAAUGCCAAGACUCUAUGCUCUGGAAAACUGAGGCCAAAUAUUGAUCUGUAUUAAGCACCAGUGCUUUAUCCACAUUGUAGCCUAGUGUUCAUGCUGCCUGCCAUGUGUGAGUCACUUCCAUGUAAAAACUAGAUUUAGUUGUGAUUUUUUGGGUGUUUAACAGGGUGGGACCCUAUUCCAGUCCAAUUUUUCCAACUUUCCUUUAGGAUGUCAUGUGAGCAAGUAUCCAAGUAAUGGCCUUGUAGGUUUUUUUCAAAGAUUAUUGGCAGUUUUCUCUGUCCAACAGUUUGACCUCAGCUUGGUUGUUUGGUACACUUCAUGUGACAUUUACAUGCAUGUGUAUUCUGUUAGCCAGUACUUUUCUACAGACUCUUGAUGUUUAGGUGAGGUUGGUAUGUAUGUAUGUGUGUAUAUAUAUAAUAUAUACAUAUACAUUCUUUAUAUAUUUAUUUGUGUUUGUGUAUUCAAAUGUGUGUGUGCAUGUGUACACACAAACAUUUCUGCAAGAGUAGAUGGGAAAGACCCUAGGUGCUCAAAUUAGAGUGUGUAUGCGUGCUUACAUGCAUGUUCUGAUCGCUGCUCUUUUUUAUUGCAUUUAAACAGGGCAAACUGAUCCAACUGCCAUGCAGGCUAAAAGAGGAAUGCUAACUUCUAGAAAGUUGGUUCUUUAAAAUAAUUGGGUCUUGUUGGAGAAGAAUCCAAGGGACUUCAUGCUUAAUUUAAGCACUGGUAGCCUCUACAUUGUGCACAAUUUUAAGGAGCAAGUAUGAGAAAGAAUCAUACAUCUGACCUGGAACUGUCUUGUUUUGGUUAUCACUAACGGCACUUUUGAGUCCCUAUGCUGCUGGCCCUCCCUUCUUUGCCUGGGUGCUCAGGGCCUGCCUUUCAGCAGCUAGGUUGGUUUGGAGCUGGGAGAUGGGAUGCUUGAGCUGAUUGAAGAAAUGCAGUCAAGGCCUUGCCAGCUAGCCCUACUAUAAGUUAGGUGAGGGCACAGAAUUUGAAGGUUACUAUUCCUAUCCUUUGACCUUUUUUCCUCUCUUGAUCAAGGUGCUUUUCUCAUUUUAUCCCCUGAGAACCUUAGCCAUCAAAUGACCCUCCUAAGUUCAUUGUGGUUGAUUGUUAGUUCCCUAUAAUGGUUCUGGGCUCUAUGCUUACAUGAAUGUACCAGGGGAAAUUUAUACUUUAUAAGGGGGAAACAAGUUUUCCUAAACUGAAAAGCCCUAAUAAGUUCUCUUUCAAGAUAAAAUUUUGUUUAUUCCAUCCCAACAUCAGGGGCUAGCAGAGACUGAAGGCAUUUCUUUCUAGGCUCUGAGAUUAAAGGAGAGAGAAAAGAAAAAAGGAAAGAAAGAAAGAAAGCCUUAUUAGAACUACUGCUUGGGACUUUUCAAGGCACAUGAAAUACUUGAAAAUUUCUCAUUUAUGUUAUUUAUGAUGUUUUUGUACAAUGUUUUUAUUAUUGUAUUGUUUUAUAAAUGGAGAUACAGGAUAUUAUCUGAAUUAUUAAUGAAUGCCCAGGAAGUAAUUUUCUUCUCAUUCUUUGAAAACUACUGCCUUUGAACAUGUGCACACACUCAUGCACACUGACUGCAUCCAUUACUCCAGUAUAAAUUGCAUGCAUGAGCACCUUUGUGGCUUUUAGCCAAUGUACUGGGCUGCAAGAUGAAGAUGCUCAAGAGUGUGUAUACAAGUCUCAUUGUGGGAAGACAAAGGUUUUCUAACUGUACCCUUCUUGUCUCUCUGGCAGUCUUGCUCUGAAUGUCCCCUGAGUUCUCAUCAGCUUCCCUUUUUUUAUACACAGUUCCACAAUUUUGUCUCUGGAUCCAAAUGUACAACUGUUUGGUCUUGCCCUAUUACGAUUGUCAUGACUUUCAGAUUGUACUGUACUCACAGACUGCUGUAUCACAAAUAGGUCUGGAAGCUCACUCUGAAUGAGAAGUAAAUUAUUUUAUGUAAUACCUUUUGAGUGUGUAUUCAAUUGUAUUUUCCUGUGAUUUCACACUAUUUGACAUGGCA